UCUUUUGUCGCUAUCCGCCAGCACGGCGCUCAUGCAUUUUUGCUUCAUCUGACGCGCAAUCUGCAUAUCCUCACCUUAUUUUCUUUUUCGUUUUAUGGGUUGGAAUCGGAGUAUAUCCUCGGCAUACAUGAUCAAACAGGGUCCAUCUAACGGUCUUACAUUACUUUUUUUGCAUCUGAUAUGGCAUAUACCUCAUAUCAUCCUUUUUCAACAUCUCAACAUCUGCAAAUUGUUGGUUGACUGCGGGGUAUUGUCGUUGCAUUUCUGUUUCUACUUGUUCUGCCAUGGUAUAACCUAUCUUUUUUUUUUUCCCUUUUUCUUCUUUCCCCGUCCAUUUCCCUUGAUUUCCCUCUCUGUUUUAUCUCUGAAUUCAUCGUCUUUACAGGGACCCUUUUUGGUUUUUGUUUCUCAGAUGUGAUGCGUCAUGACAUAUAUGGCCUUUUGCUUUUGCUUUUUCUUUUUCUUUCUUUCUUUCUUUUU